AUGAAGGUGUUUGUUCACAGGACGUUCUCGGCUCGAGACUCCACCAUGGCACCACAAACGCCCGGUCAAGAAUCAACGGCUCAGGACGGCGCCCAACAAUGCAGGACCCUCAAUGACGUCUUUGAGAGGCUGGAAGCUCUUCGCCUGCACCUGCGCGAGAGCAAGAAAAGCACCAAUGAUGUUGGCCAAGCAGAGGAGCCUAGGGAUGCUUUCAACCGUUACGAUACUCUAAAGAAGCAUGACCCUCCAGAGACCAUGAAACAGCACCAGCUGAAGCCAUGGAAGUCGCCACCAGAGUCCCCACUGGAUCCAUCGAUCAACACCACACCGCCCAAGGUCACUCCCAAAAAACCACCGCGGGAGGUGAAGACAAUGGACAAAAAGGAACUAGUCGAUGCAAUGCAAUGGGAUCAUCCUACACGGACACUUUACAUCGGUACCAUUAACGCCAAUGCUACUCGAGCUCUGAACGGGGGAAUCGACCAGGCAGACGCAUAUACCUAUUUCUCAGCAAUCAAACAGUCGCUUCGAAACGUGUCGUCAAACUAUGGCCAGAUCCAAAAUUAA